UCAGGCGGAAGGAGGGAACGGGGCGGGCCCAGGCUGUCUGGCGGGCCCCGCGGAUCUUACGGAGCCGGGAGCCGCGAGUUUGGGGACAGAAGAGUGGUGUCCUCGGGCCGUGGCGGCCAGGCGAGGGAGAUGGCGGCGCGAUGGAGCAGCGAGAAUGUGGUAGUCGAGUUCCGCGACUCCCAGGCAACUGCCAUGUCUGUGGACUGUCUGGGGCAGCAUGCAGUGCUUUCUGGCCGCAGAUUCCUAUACAUCGUCAAUCUAGAUGCCCCUUUCGAAGGUCACCGGAAAAUCUCCCGCCAGAGCAAAUGGGACAUUGGAGCUGUGCAGUGGAAUCCUCAUGACAGCUUCGCAUACUAUUUUGCAGCUUCGAGUAACCAGCGGGUCGACCUUUAUAAGUGGAAGGACGGCAGUGGGGAAGUUGGCACCACCCUACAGGGCCAUACUCGCGUCAUCAGUGACUUGGACUGGGCAGUGUUCGAGCCAGAUCUCCUGGUGACCAGCUCUGUGGACACCUACAUCUACAUUUGGGAUAUCAAAGACACAAGGAAACCUACAGUCGCACUAUCUGCUGUAGCUGGUGCCUCCCAGGUCAAAUGGAAUAAAAAAAACGCUAACUGCCUUGCCACCAGCCACGAUGGGGAUGUGCGGAUAUGGGAUAAGCGGAAACCCAGCACAGCAGUGGAAUAUCUAGCAGCGCACCUCUCCAAAAUCCAUGGCCUCGACUGGCACCCAGACAGUGAGCACAUUCUUGCUACCUCCAGUCAAGACAACUCUGUCAAGUUCUGGGAUUACCGGCAGCCUCGGAAAUACCUCAGUAUCCUCCCUUGUCAGGUGCCUGUGUGGAAGGCCAGAUACACGCCUUUCAGCAAUGGAUUAGUGACUGUGAUGGUUCCCCAGCUUCGGAGGGAAAACAGCUUGCUCCUGUGGAAUGUCUUUGACUUGAACACCCCGGUCCACACCUUUGUGGGGCACGAUGAUGUGGUACUGGAGUUCCAGUGGAGGCGACAGAAGGAAGGGUCCAAGGACUACCAACUGGUUACAUGGUCCCGGGAUCAGACCUUGAGAAUGUGGCGGGUGGAUUUCCAGAUGCAGAGGCUCUGUGCCAAUGACAUAUUGGAUAGUGAUGAGUUCAUUGAGAGCAUUUCUCUUCUCCCGGAACCAGAGAAGACCCUGCACACUCAAGACACUGAUCACCAGCACAACUCAAGCCAUGGGGAGGAGGAAGCCUUAAAGGAAGAUCCCCCUAGCAGUCUCCUGGAGGAGAGGAAAUCAGAUCAGCUGGGCCUGCCGCAGACUCUGCAGCAGGAGUUCUCCCUUAUCAAUGUGCAGAUCCGGAACGUCAAUGUAGAGAUGGACGCAGCGGAUAGGAGCUGCACAGUAUCUGUGCACUGUAGCAACCACCGCGUCAAGAUGCUGGUGAAGUUCCCGGCGCAGUACCCCAACAAUGCCGCCCCUUCCUUCCAGUUUAUUAACCCUACCACCAUCACGUCCACCAUGAAAGCAAAGCUGCUAAAGAUCCUGAAGGACACCUCGCUGCAGAAAGUGAAACGCAACCAGAGCUGUUUGGAGCCUUGCCUGCGUCAGCUCGUCUCCUGCCUUGAGUCUUUCGUGAACCAAGAAGACAGCACUUCCAGCAACCCAUUUGCGCUCCCAAACUCUGUCACACCACCCUUACCAACAUUUGCACGGGUCACCACUGCCUAUGGGUCUUACCAGGAUGCUAAUAUCCCCUUUCCUAGGACUUCUGGGGCCAGGUUCUGUGGAGCAGGCUACCUGGUGUACUUCACAAGGCCCAUGACAAUGCACCGAGCAGUGUCUCCGACAGAACCCACUCCCAGAUCUCUCUCAGCCCUGUCUGCUUAUCAUACUGGCUUGAUUGCACCAAUGAAGAUUCGCACAGAGGCCCCUGGCAAUCUUCGUUUGUAUAGUGGGAGCCCCACUCGCAGCGAGAAAGAGCAGGUCUCCAUCAGCUCCUUCUACUACAAGGAGCGGAUGUCUCCUCGCUCUGCCCGGCGACGUUGGUCCAUACAAGCAAUUAACGACUUCCCGAAAUCAAGGCGAUGGAAAAGUAAGCGUGAGGGUUCAGACUCUGGCAAUCGACCCAUCAAGGCUGCUGGAAAGGUCAUCAUCCAGGAUGUUUCGUGCCUCCUCCCUGUUCACAAGUCUCUGGGAGAACUGUACAUAUUGAACGUGAAUGAUAUUCAGGAAACAUGUCAGAAGAAUGCCACUUCUGCCAUGCUUGUUGGAAGGAAGGAUCUUGUCCAGGUUUGGUCGCUGGCUGCAGUAGCUACAGAUCUUUGCCUUGGUCCGAAGUCUGACCCAGAUUUGGAAACACCCUGGGCUCGGCAUCCAUUUGGACGACAGCUUCUGGAGUCCCUGUUGGCGCAUUAUUGCCGGCUUCGGGAUGUUCAGACCUUGGCUAUGCUCUGCAGUGUGUUUGAAGCCCAGUCUCAGCCUCAGGGGCUGCCAAACCCCUUUGGGUCUUUUCAAAACCGGUCUUCCAAUCUCAUGGUGUCCCAUAGUAGAUAUCCCAGCUUUACCUCCUCGGGUUCCUGCUCCAGCAUGUCAGACCCAGGCCUCAGCACCGGUGGCUGGAACAUAGCUGGGAGAGAGGCUGAGCACAUGUCUUCCCCAUGGGGAGAGUCUUCUCCAGAGGAACUCCGAUUCGGGAGUCUCACCUACAGUGACCCUCGGGAGAGGGAGCGUGACCAGCAUGACAAAAAUAAAAGGCUUCUGGACCCUGCCAACACCCAGCAAUUUGAUGACUUUAAGAAAUGCUAUGGAGAAAUCCUCUACCGUUGGGGUCUGAGAGAGAAGCGAGCAGAAGUGCUGAAGUUUGUGUCCUGUCCUCCUGAUCCUCACAAAGGAAUAGGGAUUAUUUUAAUAUGGCUUAUUUUUGUAUAUAUACUUGAAGAAAUGCAAAGACACAAAGUGGCUUUUAGGCAACAUGUUUUCAGAGCAUCUCAAUGCAGGGAAGUAUACCAGGAAGAGAUUAAUGAUACACUGGAGCAAUUUGUCUUUUAAAAUUUGUUUUUAGGAAAACAUAAAUCACAGAGAUAUAAUCAGUCCCUCAGUUAGAUUAACCUUUACUGAUACCUAAUGUUUAUUUCUGUGGGAUGUACAAAGAAACAGGUAUGGUUUGGAGUGGGGGCAGGAAGUCCAUAAUCCAGAGUUUGAAGCUAAACUCAUGAACACCUAAAUGAUAGUCAGGAAUUAAUAACACAAAGCUGGGUUUGCCUGCAGGAGGAUCACAAGUUCAAGGCCAACCUGUGCUGCAUGUCAAGUUCAAGGACAGCCUGGACUGCAUUAAAGAACAAGAAUUAAUAGUAUGUCCUAUAACAAUAAAAACACAAGGUUUCAAAAAAAAGGCAAGAUUGUAAGAGAUUUUCAAACAAAAUCAUUGAGAGCAACUUUUUUUGGGGGGGUGGUACCAAGGAUCGAACUCAGGACCUUGCACUUGCAAGGCAGGCGCCGGAACCACUGAGCUAAAUCCCCGGCCCGAGAGCUACUUUCUUUAUGCAAAGCUUUCCAAGGUAGCCUGUCCAGACUUUGGAGGAAUUGGCUACCCAGAUACAGGACACAGCAGGGUCUUUUGUUUUUUAAUUUGUCUUUUUUACAGUGUUAGAAAUCAAAGCCAGAGCCUCCCACAUGCAAGUCAAAGCUCACUACCACUUAGCUACAUCCCCACCCCUUUUGAAAAAUUUUGAGACAGGGUCUUGCUAAGUUGCCUAAGCUGGACUAAAAUUGUCCUGAGUUACAGGCAUGUACCACCACCAGGCUGGCUAUCAGGUUUGGAAAAAAAACCUACCCCCGGGCUCCCAGGACAUAGGUGGUCCUUUUAAGGAUGAAUAGUAGCGGUUUCCUCUCCUCCUUAUCUUACCUGCAAAGCUUAUCUUAGUAUCUGCAGGCUUCACCAUAGCAAAUUUGAAGGAUAAAGUUGUUCUCAUAUGUAGGAGGUUAGAUCCUUAUAGGAAGGGCUCAAAGCUUCAUUUAUUUGGAGAGAAUAAUGCUGGACACACUAUUCCCUUCAAUAUAAAAUCUGAGUUGAUUUUUGUUUUCUUGGUUUCCCCUCAUGUGGUAUGUUACGUGCUUGGUUAUAAUUGUGGCAAAGGGAGGGGAGUGCUUUCCCUUUUCUGCCUCCUUAUGGGGAUAAUUCCCUCCUUACAGAUGCAGAUCUGCCCACUCAAGUUUUGUUCAGCAGUUUUCUGGUUCAGUUUAUUAAUUUAAUACCGUUUUUAUUUACAUUUGUGCCCUUUUUGUUGCACGGUUAACAAACUAGCAUUGUCUGCCUUUGGAGUUAGCUUCCAUCUGGAGGCUUUGUAAAACCUCAGAAUCAUAAUUUGAUUGUUCUAUGUGUUUCAAGUUCUUCCUUUCCCCUCCCCAACCUUCCCUUCACUCUCCUAGGGAUUUAACCCAGGGCCUUCACACUGAGCUACAUCCCUAGCCCAUUUUUUAUUUUGAGACAGGGUCUUGCUAAGUCACUAAUUCACUGGGCUCAAAUUUAUGAUCUUCCUACCUCAGCCUCCCGGAGUGCUGGAUUAUAGGCAUGCACCACCACAUCCAGCUCUGAAGUAUUUUAUCACCCUUCAUAGUUUGUCUGGUAGGAACCAAGAAUGAUCCACUUCUCCUCUACCAGGUUUCAGCUGCAAAACCAAUACUGUGCCUUUUACCUGUGAUCCCCAAGUUUACCACUUUUCCUGGCCUGUCAGGACAUGACAGCUCUGCUGUGUGUAAAGCCAGGUUUCCCUAAGCCAAAGAAUAGUUUUCUGGGAGGAUCUGCAGACUUUAUGUCUGUGCAUAAAGCCUUCUCCUCUUCUUAAUAAUGGUUUGUCAAAACCAAUUAAAUGAGACUUGAAUUUAAAUUCUGGGUAUGACCUUGGCCAUAAACUUGAUUUAUCCAUUUAUAUCCUGGUAAGGAGGGCAGACUCUUAUUGAACCUCUGUAAAUACUUUUUCAUGAGCAGGCAGUUUGAUGCUUAACCAUUGUUUUGAGCAGUUUUGUAGAUAAGGUCAAUCAGUAUAUACAGUGGACCCUUGACUUAUGAACCUGAUCGGUUCCCAAGGGCUGGCUGUAACUAGGUCAGUACAGCUGAGAUCUGGAUGUUUACCUGGGUACACGCUAAAGAUAACAAGAGGCAGAUGAAUCUUCCAUUAACCUAACUAACCUAAGUUGUUCAUAUGUCAAGCUAGUCAUAACUUGAGGGCCCACUGUAAUUGUUUCCUAUGGAAUUGCUGUUCCUAAGUCUUCCUGAUGAUUUAAUGUUGUAAUCUACAUUAAGAUCUUCUUUGGAUUUUUUUUUCCUUAUGAAUUCUGGAAGACUAAUUGGAACAAGAUAUGUUAAAGAGUGUUCAAUUUAUGUAAGUAGAGUCUGUCAAUAAAAAGGAUCAAAAUGCAGUAGCUAUAUGUACCAAUACCCCACAAUGAAUAUGUUUACUAUGUAUCACAAGUAUAUACUAAUACAUUUUUUUUAAAUGUAUACCCUGUUGAAAUGAGGGUUAACCUGGGCAAGGUGGCAUAUGCCUGUAAUCCCAGUACUCAGAAGGCUGAGGCAGGAGGAUUGCUGUGAGUUCGAGGCCACCUUGAGCUACAUAGUGAGUUCAAGGCCAGCCAGAACUACAUAACAAGACCCUGUUUCAAAAAAACUCAAAAAAAAGAUGAGAGAGCAAGGAAGUUUUCUCUCAGUUACCUAUUAGAAAAUAGUCCAUUGGCCAUAAUUCAGUAUAUUUUCAUCAGUUUUAUUCAGUCCUUAGUUGUUAGUUGUAUCAUAAAAACUGACCCUAUUGUCAGAAGGACAGAGAGGAGGAACCAAGCUUGGGCAAUUUGCAGAGGUGGCAGCGUGAAGAGGGAGGGGUCCCCGCCCCCAUUCAGGGACUUCUAUUUCCUCCGGGAAGUGAGAGACAGCUGGGAGAGGAGCGCAGAGGCGUGUGGAGAAGCUUGCAGGUGUGGCAGAGCUGUGGGACAGCCCUGUGGGAAUGGGAGAGAGACAGUGAUGCUGAGUGUUGCUGGUCGUGUGAGGCGCGACUCACUUCUUGAUGGCGGGCUGUCCUCGAGGGCCACUUAGCUCCCUGGAACAGAUGUGGAGGGGGCAAGAGCGAGCUUGCACUUCUGCCAGGUGGUGCAGGGCAGGAGGAGGAGCAAGGAGUUGAGGAUUUCUGCAGAGAAGUGAUUAUAAAGUUGGUCCUGUAGCGCUUGCCUGUCAUCACAGCACCCCAGAAAGCUGAGGCAGGAGGAUCACCAAGCCCAGCUGAGAAAACUAAGCAGGACCAUACCUCAAAAUAAAAAACUUAGAAAGGGGGCCAGGGAUUUAGCUCAGUGGUUCCGCCACCUGCCUCGCAAGCGCAAGGUCCCAAAAAAACAACUUUGAAAGGGCUGAGAUGUAGCUCAGUGGGAAGGCCCUGGGUUCAAUCACCAGUACUACAGAAUAAAUAAACAAAUAAAGUUGGCCGUGUAAUUUCAGGUUGGCCACAGGGCAAAGUGCAGUCAGGAAGGGGCAGGUGGGCUGAAGGGGUAGAGUACAAGGGCCCAGUGGGGUGCAUUUUGGAGACACCAAGGAUCAUGCUGAGGACUGAAGCAGAUCAGAUUGUGCAGGUGGGGGCUGAGCCUCAUGGUCUCUUCCAAGAGGCAGGACCCAUGCCUGGCAGAGAGGUGGAGGAGCGCUGAUAUGGCCACCUUACCCCCACCAGUGGGGAGCAGUCUGUAAGCUGGACUGGCUGAAGCCAGGCGCAGUGGCUCAUGCCUGUCAUCUCUUCACUCAGGAGGCCGAGGCAGGAGGAUCAUAGUAAGUUCGAGGCCAACAACAUGGUGAGUUGAACAACAUAGUGAGAUUCUGUCACAACAAAAGGAGAUCAGGCUAUCAAGUUGGUAAAACCAGUGAGCUUUCACCUAAAAUGUUUCCAAGCCAUUCCAUUCUUUCAGCACAUCACAUGACAGCCCCUGCCAGCUGUUGGGCCAGAGGAAGCAGUGGGUUUCCCACAGGCUGCUGAGAGCCACUGGCCGGCCAUCCUCUGCUCUCACCCUGCCACUGCAGUGACAGUGGCUCCGCUUUAGGAGACUUACCUACAUUGCAGAAGAAGAAGUUCUGCUGAUUAAAAAAAAAAAAAGGCACUGGGCAUGGUUGUAUACACGUGUAAUCCCAGCACUCUGGAGACUAAGGCAGGAGUUCAAGGCCAGCCUGAACUACAUAGCAAGACCCUGUCUCAAAAAACAAACAAAAGGAAAACCACUGGUCUGACAGAAUCCUGAGGGCAGUUGCCUUUCCUCCUGCAAGUACCCAGUUUCCUUUGUCAGAGCCAAACUCACGGUGCCUCUCAUUUUGCCCGUCUCCACCCAU